CCAAAGAGCAAAAGCAAAUCGGAGUACAGAGAGAAGAGAGAAGAGAGAAGAGAGAUUGGAAUCUGAAACUGAAACAUCGAGAUUUACGUUUCUCCGUUGGCGUCACGCCGAAGCUUCCAUACUUUUUUCACCAGAAACCCGCAACGUUUUCUCUCUUCUGACUCUUGCUUGAAUCACUUGGGGUUGUGUCACUGAAUCUGCAUCAAUGGCGAUUCCAGAUUCCUCACUCUUUUCUGCUUUUGCCUUUAGCUCCUCAAGCUUCUUCUUCACGAAAUGCCGUUGUUGUUAAAAGUGAUUACUCCACUAUCUCCUUUCCUUUUGCAUUUAUUCUCCACUCUCUCACUCAGUCUUCUUCUACGAUCAGCUCACCAAUGUCCCUCACCAUUCUCCUCUGAACCAAGUUGCUGUUGAAUGAGAAAGCUUUGAUGUGACUGAACCUGAGAGUGUAACAAAGGACUCAUGAUGAAGAUUAUUGCGGCGUUCCUCUUCCUCUUGGUCUCACCUUUUGUUUCCCGUUGUUUCUCUGCAGACAUAGAAUCGGACAAGCAAGCACUGCUUGAGUUUGCAUCUCUUGUUCCUCACAGUCGCAAACUCAACUGGAACUCCACUAUUCCAAUCUGUGGUUCUUGGACCGGUAUCACCUGCUCCAAGAACAACGCCCGUGUAACCGCACUUCGUUUGCCUGGAUCUGGACUUUAUGGACCUUUACCAGAGAAAACAUUUGAGAAGCUUGAUGCCCUCAGGAUCAUUAGCCUUAGAUCCAACAACCUACAAGGGAACAUUCCAUCUGUCAUUCUUUCUCUUCCUUUUAUCCGAUCACUCUACUUUCACGACAACAACUUUUCUGGUACUAUCCCUCCCGUUCUUUCUCGUCGCCUUGUUAAUCUUGAUCUCUCCGCCAACUCCCUCUCUGGAAACAUUCCCUCGAGUCUACAAAACCUUACCCAGCUCACUGAUCUAAGCCUGCAAAACAAUUCCCUUAGUGGGCCAAUUCCUAACCUCCCUCCUCGCCUUAAAUACUUGAACUUGAGCUUCAAUAAUCUUACCGGGUCAGUUCCAUCUUCUAUCAAGUCCUUCCCAGCAUCCUCAUUUCAAGGUAAUAGCCUUUUGUGCGGUGCUCCUCUAACUCCAUGCUCAGAGAACAACACUGCACCUUCUCCUUCACCGACAACACCAACAGAAGGUCCUGGUACAACCAAUAUAGGUCGUGGUACCGCCAAAAAAGUUCUCUCCACUGGUGCUAUUGUGGGCAUUGCAGUUGGAGGUUCAAUUUUGUUGUUUAUCAUUCUUGCCAUCAUAACCCUUUGCUGUGCCAAGAAAAGAGAUGGCGGGCAAGACAGCACCGCAGUGCCAAAAGCUAAACCCGGGAGGAGUGACAACAAGGCCGAGGAGUUUGGGAGUGGGGUGCAAGAGGCAGAGAAGAACAAGCUGGUCUUCUUUGAAGGAAGUUCAUAUAACUUUGAUCUUGAGGACUUACUCAGAGCCUCGGCUGAAGUUUUAGGGAAAGGAAGCUACGGCACAACGUAUAAGGCCAUCUUAGAGGAAGGAACCACAGUGGUGGUGAAGAGGCUGAAAGAAGUAGCAGCUGGGAAACGGGAGUUCGAACAGCAGAUGGAAGCCGUGGGAAGGAUCAGUCCACACGUGAAUGUAGCUCCUCUCCGUGCUUAUUACUUCUCGAAAGACGAAAAAUUACUCGUGUAUGAUUACUACCAAGGGGGCAAUUUCUCCAUGCUGCUUCAUGGAAACAACGAGGGAGGAAGAGCAGCGUUGGACUGGGAAACAAGGUUAAGGAUCUGUUUGGAAGCUGCAAGGGGAAUUUCUCACAUCCAUUCUGCAUCUGGUGCUAAACUACUACACGGAAACAUCAAAUCACCAAAUGUCCUCUUGACCCAAGAGCUCCAAGUCUGUGUCUCCGAUUUCGGUAUAGCUCCAUUGAUGAGCCAUCACACCUUGAUCCCAUCAAGAAGCUUAGGUUACAGAGCACCCGAGGCCAUAGAAACCCGUAAACAUACCCAGAAAUCCGAUGUCUACAGCUUUGGUGUACUGUUGCUAGAAAUGCUGACAGGGAAAGCAGCCGGGAAGACGACAGGGCAUGAAGAAGUGGUGGAUCUGCCAAAGUGGGUGCAGUCAGUGGUGAGAGAGGAGUGGACUGGAGAAGUGUUUGACGUAGAGCUGAUCAAGCAGCAACACAACGUAGAGGAAGAGAUGGUGCAGAUGUUGCAGAUAGCAAUGGCAUGUGUGUCUAAGCAUCCAGAUUCUAGGCCUACCAUGGAGGAAGUGGUAAACAUGAUGGAGGAGAUUCGACCUUCAGGGUCUGGUCCUGGUUCUGGUAACAGAGCCUCCUCGCCCGAAAUGAUCAGAAGCUCUGAUAGCCCGGUUUAGAUUGGUUUUUUAUUCUCUUUUCUCUUUCUCAAAUUAUUUAUUUUGCUUUUCCUUCUUCUUCUUCAUAUAAUAAACCGUUUCAUAGUUAUAUGUCUGACUGCAUAAUUUUUUUCCAAACAUCUGGAAAAGUAGUGUAAUUGAAAAUCCUCACCAUGAAUGGUUGUAAUUCUUAGAUUGGUUUUAAGUAUGGCUAGUUUUGAAUUUUUCAUUUUUUGUUGUAGGAUUCGUUCAAAACCAUUUUCUGAAUCAGAAGUCUUUGGUUGUUUGAAAA